AUGGAUCCCUUCUUCUUAUACGUCUACAGGAAGCUGAAGCGCAAGUGCACGAAAGAACUCCCGUCAUGUUCCCUGUGUGUCCGCUUGGGCAAGACGUGUGACUACGAUGGGGCAGCGAGCGAGAUGAAUGUUGACCAACAGGUUUUACUUGACAGGAUUCGUGAGCUGGAGAGACAACUGGAAGCCGGAAGUGGUGGUGGCACGAUUGCUGAAAUCAGCGCCUUCCCACGUCAGGGGUCGUCCCUGGUCAACCCAACAUAUACGAUCCAUCGGCAAGGGUUUGCUUCUAACCUGUACUUCCUGGACCCAGAGUCGUUUGGGCCUGCAGGUGUACCAGCAACCGAGUUAGACCCAGGCAUGCCGGUACCUGAGCAAGUCCGCUUCAUACUGGGUAAUCGAGCCGAAGUCGAGACAGUGACUGAAUCAUACUACGACACGAUCGAUCGAUGGUUUCCCAUCGUCAGCAGAAAGCGACUCGUGGCAAGACUUACCACAUUUGAGCCCAAGACCGAUGCCAGUGUCGCCCUUCUCCUGCUGUGCAUGAAGCUAGUGACACAGAUCCUGCCUCACGACGAAAAUCCGCGGACAGGUCUGUACUGGAUCUGUCAUCAGUUCUUGAUGCAGGUAGAAGGCGCACCGCUGCUGUCUCUGACUCUGCUACAAGCAACAGCUCUCAUGGCUAUCUAUGAGAUCGGCCACGGUAUCUGGCCCGCCGCCAUCCUGACUGUGGGAAACGCUGUUCGCUUGGGACAUAUCAUGGGCUUGCACGACAGAGAUAAUGCACAUCAGCUCUUCAGGGCGAAUUCAACGCUUACUGGCAGGGAAGAGGAGCGGCGGACCUGGUGGGGAGUAGUUGUGCUCGAUCGUAUUGUUACCAUGGGCACUUAUGAUGGCUCGAUCCUGACAGCCGACGUCCGCAACCAUGAGCUAUUGCCGUGUACGGACUCUGAUUGGGAUAGCGGAAACAUUGCGCCUUUCGGUCAUGCCUUCGCUUCUGAUCUCACCGGCAUUCAGAUCGGUCACUGGGCACAGGUCUGCCAAGCGGCGCAUGCCCUCGGUUGUGUGCAACGGCAUCGAGUGGAUGAGGGUCAUGCCAAGAAUUCUCGUCUGGACGAGGCUCAGCAGCUGGACCGGACGCUGGUGUCUUUAGCAGCAUCGUUAUUGGCGGAUAUGAAGCAACGCGGUGAUAUGGCGAUUAAUGAUCCCAAGCAGACUGGCAGCCGAUCAUCGGUAGACGCCAUCGCGCUUUGCUGCAGCGCACGCUUUCUUCUCUACGAGCUCUAUGCCUGCAAUGAUGGCAAGAGCAACAUCAGCAGAGUCAGCAGCUUUCCAUCAGGCCAAGAAGCCGUGAUGCAGAGGAUCUCACUCCAGGGAAUCAACGAGUGCGUCAAUAUCAUGCACCAGAUCGCCUUACGCCUGCUGGAGCCACAACAGCACUCAACAAGGCAGAGUCCCGAGUCCUAUAUCACGUACCAUGCUGGCAGCAUCUUCGUGACCCAUGCGUUGUACUGGGCGGCAUCUGAGUGUAGCUGGAUCGUCAAGGAGGGCAUCAAUGCUGCUGCGGCGCGUGUCAUGGGCGAUCUGGUCAAAGCGUUACACCUGCUAAACGAUCGUUGGCACCGGGCGGGAGAUUACAUCAAGCUGCUGGAAAGAGAAGAGACACUAUCAGACUGA